UUGUAAUAUAAAAAUAUAAUAAAUAUGCCCUGCUUUGGUAUAAACCGCGACUAUGGAAUCAGUCCCAAUUGUCUUGUAUUAAUUUUGGUCUGUGGGAUCUUCGUAAAUAUAUUUAUAGCACUACCUGUCUAUGCACUUGGAAAAGCAGUGCAUGAAAAAUAUAAAUUGUUGAAAUUUUGGACUGUUUUGCCGCUUAUUUUCGCGGAGAUAAUGUUGUUUAAUUGUAUAAUCGGCAUUGUAGGACUUAUUUGGAGAAAUCCAUAUCUGUUACUUUACAAAAGUGUUUUGGGUUUCAUAAUACUCUUAAUGGAAAUUAUUAUACUGCCCCAGAUACUUCUCAUGCUCCCCAAUUUGCACCGUGAAGUAGAAAAUAUGCUCAAUAGAACAACAACAACGAGUAAUGAGAAGUUGCUUUAUGGCGAUGUCUUGAACUUAAUACAAUCAGAGUAUAAUUGCUGUGGCAUCACCGGUCCUGAAAUUUGGAAUAAGUUUUAUGAAAAUGAUACACUACCAGAUUCAUGUUGUCAGUAUGAACUACUAAAUAGAACGUGUACAUACGAGAAUGCCAUUAAAGUGACUUGCGUAAAUAGAUUUGAGUCUAUAAAGUAUCCAUUGUUUUUAAUUGGAAUAUCAACUAUAAUAAUUAUUGUGAGCAUUCAAAGUAUUUUGGUGAUAGUUUCUUAUAAGCUUAGCUAUCUAUAUUAGUAAAAUAUAGCCAGUAUAUACGAACAAUCAAAGAUACCGUGUUGUGACGAUUGUUGUCGCCUUCGAUCCAAACUUUUGCUUGAUGGUUGAUCCAUUUUUGGAUAAAGGACAAGUAUUUCAAAUUGAAUUGUUUAAAUUAUUAAAAGCA